CCUGGAGUGUGUCUGGAAAUCUCUGGCCUCCAGCAGGUAUAUCAUGGAGCUGGUCCUACCUGCCAUUCUAUUUAUCCUGUUUCCUGGAGCCCUGCUGGGGAGCGAGAACCCCACAACCGACUCCUACAGCUUGUCCCCUACACCAGACAGCACUAGCGUUCCCCUGGAUUCUGUGUGUGGACGUCCCAGGGCUUCAGGCCGCAUCGUGAAUGGGCAGGAUGCCCAGCCGGGCGAGUGGCCUUGGCAGGUCAGCGUGAGGGAGAAUGGGGUCCACGUGUGUGGGGGCUCCCUGAUUGCUGAGGACUGGGUGCUGACGGCUGCCCACUGCUUCAGUCAGGAGCAGCCUCUGUCUGACUACACGGUAAUGCUGGGUACCAUCUCCUCCUACCCUGGGCCCAAUGAGCCCAAGGAACUGAGAGCUGUGGCCCAGUGCAUCAAGUACUCGAGCUAUUCAGAAGAUGAGCACAGCAGUGGAGACAUCGCCCUGGUGCAGCUGGCCUCAUCCGUCUCCUUCAACGACUACAUCCUUCCAGUCUGCCUCCCGAAACCUGGAGACUCCCUGGGCCCUGGCACCCAAUGUUGGGUCACGGGCUGGGGGAACAUUGCCACAAAUACACCUCUCCAACCACCAUUUACCCUGCAGGAGCUGGAGGUGCCUCUUAUUGAUGCCCAAACCUGCAAUGCCUACUACCAGGAGAACUCCAUUCCCAGCAUGGAGCCUGUCAUCUUUGAAGAUAUGCUGUGUGCUGGCUUCGAGGAAGGCGAGAAGGAUGCCUGUAAUGGUGAUUCCGGAGGACCCCUGGUCUGUGACAUUGAUGGUGUCUGGAUCCAGGCAGGGGUGGUGAGUUGGGGAACCGAUUGUGCCCUUCCCAAGAGACCAGGUGUUUACACCAACGUCAGCGUCUAUACCUCAUGGAUUACGAACACAAUGUGGAACUCAGCCCUAGAAGUGAAGAGUUUCUCUCCGAGCCUUGCAGGGACCUCAGUCUCUGGCCUGUUGCUGUUCCUGGCAUCCCUGGCUAGCACCUUAUGCUUCCUGGGAGAAACCUGGAAACUGCCUGGGAGUAUGAAACCUCAGCUGGAGGACGGCCCUCAGGCGGCAGCCCAGGCAGUGGUGGAGUGCCAGGGCAUCAUGGUCCCCAAACAGCAUUUGGGCCUAAGGAGCUGCCUCUCCCCCGGUGGGCGCGGGCCUGGCCCAGCAGGAAGUAAGAGAGAGUGCCAGGCGGCGGGAGAAGUGGCCAUGGGCGCGUGGGGCAAGACGUUGGUGCCACUGCUGCUGCUGGUGGCGGCGGUGGCCUCACAGUCAACCCUUUUGCAGGUGGAACCAGAGAAUCCCUUAUGGCAGGAAGCAGACCUAUUGUCAGGACCCUGUGGUCACAGGACCGUCCCUCCACGUAUAGUGGGUGGCGAUGACGCAGAGCUUGGCCGCUGGCCAUGGCAAGGGAGCCUGCGUAUAUGGGGUACCCACUUAUGUGGAGCGACCUUGCUCAACCGGCGCUGGGUGCUUACAGCUGCCCACUGCUUCGAAAAGAAUAGUGAUCCCUUUGAGUGGACAGUCCAGUUUGGCGAGCUGACUUCCAAGCCAUCUUUCUGGAACCUACAGGCCUAUUCCAACCGUUACCAGGUAGAAGAUAUCUUUCUGAGCCCCAAGUAUACGCGGUCAUAUCCCCACGACAUCGCCCUGCUGAAGCUGUCGUCUCCUGUCAACUACAACAACCAUAUCCAGCCCAUCUGCCUCCUGAACUCCACAUACAAGUUUGAGAACCGAAGUGACUGUUGGGUGACCGGCUGGGGGACUAUUGGAGAGGAUGAAAGUCUGCCAUCUCCCUACACUCUCCAGGAAGUGCAGGUGGCCAUCAUUAACAGCAGCAUGUGCAACCACAUGUACCAGAAGACGGACUUCCGACUAACCAUCUGGGGGGACAUGGUUUGCGCUGGCAAUCCCGCUGGUGGCAAGGACGCCUGCUUUGGUGACUCAGGAGGACCCUUGGUCUGCGACCAGAAUACGGUGUGGUAUCAGGUUGGAGUUGUGAGCUGGGGUAUAGGCUGUGGGCGACCCAACCGGCCUGGAGUCUACACCAACAUCAGUCAUCAUUACAACUGGAUCCGGUCUACCAUGAUCCGCAAUGGGAUGCUCAGGCCUGACCCAGCCCCCCUGCUGCUGUUUCUCACUCUGUUCUGGGUCCCCUCGCUGCUGAGGUCUGCCUGAGGUCACCUGUGAAAAUACGGUCAUUGGUGGAGCUGGGGUGUGUUUCUUUCGUAUCGUGUUUGCUAAUAAACAUGCUUAUGUUUUCAUAGUU